CACCAUAAAAAUCGCAGACAAAGAAUCCGUCAUUUUAGGGCAUUGGUCUGAAUUCUUUUCACACUUUUUUUGGCAAUGGCGGAGGAAACGGAGAGUAACCAAUUGACGGUAGAGUCGGUAAUGGAGAAUAUCAGCGAGAAAAUUCACAGCCAUGAUUCGUCUUCUUCUUCGGAUUCUGAUUCGGAUCAUGGGAAACCCACUACUCCUAGCUCCGUUAAGGCUAAGAUUUAUAGGUUGUUUGGAAGGGAGAGACAUGUUCACCAUGUUCUUGGUGGUGGAAAGCCUGCCGAUGUGUUCUUGGGGAGGAACAAGAAGAUUUCGGCUGGUGUUCUCGGUGGAGUAACUGCAAUAUGGGUCCUAUUGACUGGUGCGGAAUUCUAA